CGUGAAUACUCCCCUUCCACGCUCCUUUGAUUCUCGAGGGUCAUACUUUUGGCUCCCAUUGUUUAGGCUUCUUCUUUUUCUCUUCGAUACCCUCUCUUGAGCUAUUCUGCUUUGACACCCACAACUCGGCAACCCACGAUCCUUAAAUUCCGCGGCGGCCACCGCUGUCGCCCUGAAUUCGCCGCAGAAUGUCGUCAGACUACACUUAUGAUGAGCAGGGUCAAUUCUUCCCCUUCUUCAUCUUGACCUUGACCGGCCUGGUCACGCUCCCUCUUACCUACAACCUCCUCCGACCAAGCAAAGAGCUUGAGAAUACGGCUCCCCGAAUCACAUCCGAUUUCAAACCCAAACAUGCCGACCUCGUCGAGGCGCAGAAGCGCAAGCGCUUGCGCAAGGAGCGCCGAAUCAAGCGCAUCAUCACAGUGAUCGUGGGCUACGUGGUCAUGGCUUGGAUGGUGUAUCUCAUUCUCGUGACGGCCCGGACGGUCGCAAAACUAUAUGACCCAUAUGAAAUUUUGGGCGUCUCAAGGAGUGCCGACGAAAAAGCUAUCUCUCGCCACUACAAGCGCCUCUCCCUCAUCUACCACCCCGAUAAAGUCCGCCCCGAUCCCGCCAAGAAUGAGACUAUGGAGAUGCUCAACGAUCGCUUCGUAGAGCUCACCAAGGCGUAUAAGGCACUUACUGACGAAGAAAUCCGCAACAACUAUCUCCAAUAUGGCCAUCCCGAUGGCAAGCAGAGCUUCAGCAUUGGCAUCGCUCUUCCCAAGCUUAUCGUUAUGGACGGUAAUGGAAAAUACGUACUUUUGGUGUACGGUGCUCUGUUGGGCGUUCUUUUGCCCUAUAUUGUCGGAAAGUGGUGGUAUGGUUCUCAGCGCUACACCAAGGAGCGCGUCCUUGUCGCUAGCGCUGGUAACAUCUUCCGCGAGUACAAGGAGGAUAUCCUGGACGGUGGUAUUGUCAAUGCUCUGUCUUCUGGUGAAGAGUUCAAGGAGAUGCUUAAGGGAGCUCAGGCUGAAGCUGGGCUCGCAAAAUUGGAGAAGAAGGUUCUGGUUGAGGAAUCGACCUUCCUUUCUGCCAAGGACCGUCAGGCUAUCAAGCAAAUGGACGACUCUUCCCGACGUAAGGCUUUGGCUUUACUGUGGGCGUAUCUCGGCCGUAUCGAUCUUGGCGAUGCGACCCUUGAUGCGGAGAAAUACGAAGCUGCUCCUAUUGCUCUCUCACUAGGCGAGGCCUUUACCGCGAUUUCUUUGGCAUUUGGCAGCCUUCGCCCGAUUCUCGGUGCUUUCCAGGUCUCUCAGAACUUAAUUCAGGCUAUUGCCCCCGGUUCAUCACCACUCUUGCAGCUGCCCAACUUCACCGAGUCAGUCGUCAAGUCCGUGGAAGGCGAGGACGCCAAGGAGCACUGGACGGUUCAGAAGUUCAUGAGAUUGGCCGAGGAUCAGCGUCGCAAUCUAACUGUGGGUCCUGGUCUACUGUCCGAGAAGCAAUACACAGAUGCCGUUACGGUGGCCCGUCAACUACCCGCGCUGGAGGUUUCCAAGGCAUUCUUCAAGGUCAUGGGUGAGAAAGUCAUUACUCCCAGCAGUCUGGUACAGCUGGUUGUGAAGGCACGAUUCGUCCCGCCGGGGUGCACACAGGUGCCGCAAAUCAACGAGCUCGACUUGGAGGACAUUGACCCUGAUGAGGAUGACCUCGACGCCCUGAUGGGCCGGAAGCCGGCCAAGAACCGUGCUACCAAGCUGGUCGAUGGCAAGAAGGUUGAGAACAAGAUUGAGAACAUCCAACCUCCCCUCGCACACGCUCCCUACUUUGCCCGCGAUCACUCCCCCCGCUGGCAUGUCUUCCUGGCCGACGCCAAACAAGGCAAGAUGGCCGUGCCUCCCUUCACAUUCACCACCUUUGACAAGCCGAUCCUCGACGAGGCUGGAAAGCCCACGUUCAACGUCCAGACCCUCAAGAUGCAGUUCCAGGCGCCUCCGCAGGUCGGCGACUUCACCUUCGUCAUGCACAUGGUCUGCGACAGCUAUCUGGGUUUAGACACCAAGAUGGAGAUUACCCUGCAUAUUGACGACCCCGCCAAGGCGGCUGCCGUGGAAGAAGAAGACGAUAUCAGCGAACCGGAUGAGGAUUCCAUCGCCGGUCAAAUGCAGGCGCUCAAGACUGGUCAGGCUCCUAAGCCUAAGAAGGCCCGGAAACCUUCCGAGUCCUCCACUGAGGAAAGUGACACCGAAGGCGACGCAGGCGAUACUAGCGACACCAACACCGAGACGGAGGAUGAGGAUUGAUCGCAUUUACCUUGCAUUGAUUGAUGGAUUGUACGCGGGACUUGUGCGACAUUGUUCUGGUUGAUUAGGAUCAGUCUCUUUCUGGGUUUCAUUUUUUGUUCUAACACUUUUUUUUUGCCAUCGAACAUGCCCUUUAUAUUUCCCUUAUGCCUUUUCCUCCCACUAUGGUCAUUGUCCUAUUGGGUGUAUUCUGCGGGUGUUGUCUCUUUUAUUCGUCUUGGUGUUUCCAUCCUCGCCUCGAGCUGCAUUCCCCCCUCUCCUUCUCUCUAUUCCUCUCAUCUCUCUGUCUACGUUCGUCCAUAACACUACAACAAUAACCCCGGUUCACCGCCGAAAAUAGACUCUGGGAAUACAAAAGAUCUGCCUUCUGCCACA